CAGUUAAUGGGCCCGUUUGCGUAUCUAGUGUGCCUGCUGUGACCAUUCUGAAACUGGUUAGGCCUGGCAAUACUUAUCCAUAACUUGGUUUGUUUAUUUGGGUUUUAUCCCACCUUUAUUACUUUAUAAGUAACUUAAGGUGGCAAACAUACCCAAAAACCCUUCUUCCUCCUAUUUUCCUCACAACGGCAACCCUGUCAGAGCAACUGAGUGGCCCAAAGUCGCCUUAAUGACAUUCGUGCCUAAGGCAAGACUAGAACUAGAACUCACGGCACCCUGCUUUCUAGAGAUUUGUGAAGCUCUGAACGUGACCGUCUCUCCGGGACCCAGAAUACAGCAUCUCAUUGGAGAUAAUGUUACUUUAUUCUGCCAUGUUUCUCAAAAAAGGCGAAGAGAAAACCUUUUGGCUGUCCGGUGGGUUUUUGCUCUCCCCUCUGCCCAGGAAUACCUGAUGAUCAAAAUGACCAAGUUUGGGGUCGUCCAGUACUAUGGAAAUUACACAAGUCGCUUCUAUAAGCGAAGGCUUCAUCUUCUUGAGGAGAAACACAGGACGAUGUACACAUUUUUGAUCCUGAAUAUCCAGCAAGCCGAACAAGGACACUAUAUUUGCAAAGUUCAAGAGAUCAGCAAGCAAAGGAACAAGUGGACUUCCUGGUCCAAUGGAAGUGCCUCUACUGAAGUCCAAGUGUUUCCAUCCCGUUUUUUGGAUGAGGAAAAACACAAUGCUUGGGCAUUUUUUGAAGACCUCUCUGUCUACGCGGUCCUGAUGAGCUCGGCAGGGAUCCUGAGUAUCCUUCUCUUCGCUCUGGUCAUCCUCUGCCAGAUCCUGAGCAACAAGAAACGAUCCCACGUGAAACAUACCUUGGUGAAGUCUCCUCAGAAGAGCUUGCAAGACACAGGGAGCCCCAGCAAGGCAGCCGGGUCUCCAGGGCUCCCCAUCCAGAGGAAAGGGGCAAAGGCGACCGAGGCACCCCCAGCCGUUCCUGCCAAAGCACCAAUAUCCCACGCCUUCUCAAAGCCUAAACUUCUGAAACCACAAAGGAAGGUCACCUUGAGAUCACUGCUUCCAAAGCAGAUUUCUCAGUCCCCUCCAGAUCCCUUGGGAUACCAGUCAGCUGAUCCUAAGGCUGCUGUGAAGAUGGAAGGACCUGGGUUUUUCUUCUCUGCCUUGGCUCCCAAUGUCUGCCCUUGUUUCGAGAAGACCGCUCAGAAGAGAGAUUUGGGCAAACUCCACAAAAAAGAAGAGAGAUUUGGGCAAAGUGAAAUUCAAUGGAGAAAAAAUGUUGCAAAACUAACGGAGGAGUAUCUGGCUGUUGCUGCUGCUGAAAAUACCUCAAGAGCAAAUUGUUUUGUGGGAACAGAGGCUGCUGGGAUUGAAGUCUGCUUGCUAUUCAAAGAUGCAUCGUGCCAUCUUUGGAUUGGGAUCCCGGUAAGGAUUUGUGGCCUUUGGAGUGAUGCAAGGCAGAGUCCCAGCUGACGCAGCUCACCAUCUGAACUGAUACUUGCCUUCUGUAGAUAAUGUACAACUGAGGAAAGGAGGUUGUCUUAUAAACAAGUGCUGAACCUGUGCCGUAAACAUGAAGAGGAGGAACUGUCCAUGAAUCAUGAUUGAUGGUUACGUGUCAUUGAGUCGGUGGCAACUCUUGGCAAUCACACAGAUAAUUUUUUCCCCAUGACCAUAAAAGUAAUAAUCUCCAAUUGA